GUUACCCAAAUGCAAUACGAAUAUAAUUUGACAGCUGUUGGACUCACGCCACGUUUUCCAUACAUUUCUCUUGGCAACUGCAUGGGAUUGGACUGCAAAAAGCCAGGAGCUGAGGUCGAAUUCCUGAUGAAGUGUCUGCAAUCAAUCAAUGCCUCCAUGACCGUGAAUCAAGCGCCCAUGGAAUACAGCGAUAUGCUGACAAUGGAAUUUAUUCUAAAAGCUUUCCACAUUUGUAACCGCUCACCUUUGCAGAUAGCGAAUGGCAGCGCAGAUAUUACGCUUGGCACCGUUUGGCAGAUGCCUAUUGGUGUAGUGUAUAUUGGCUAUGUCAUUAAAGAGAGCACUCAACUCGAAGUUGGAGAUUAUAUUGCUGAUGCGUUUCGAGGAUCUGUAGGCAAAGACAAAUUAUUGCUGUUGAAGCUAAUAAGUCUAUUUGUUCACAUCUGA